AUGCUCAUGGAGGAGCCUCCCGCUUUUGGAGGCCGUGGGCCGACGAGCACUAAUGGUUUUCACGAUGACUCUCAACGGGAACGGGCCCGUCGGGAGCCGAUAAGCACGCAGGAGAUGGACCUUGAAGAAGACUUGGAUCAUCGGAUCGGCCGUGAGCGGCCGAGCAGAAGCCCUACCAUGGAUCCAACCGCAUCCUCUGAUGAUCUGGGGCUCCGUAUUGUCCUUUGUGAAAACCGCCCCAUUGAGAAUCUCCCGGCGAUGGUAUCGCAAGAGCUGAAGCUGAUUGGUCGCUGUGUGACCUUCCUCGUGACGCAGGCUCUCAAUGGCGCACCACCCACCUCCUACUACUAUAUUGGACUUGUAUCCACUGUUACGGCGAGCACCGCGACCUUGAUGCACGUCAACCGGUAUACGCCUGCCGACUUCAUGACGUACAAGUCGCGGGAGCAGCGCUUGGCAAAGGGUGUAGCUGACCCUGUACAUAGCGGCAACAGUGUCGGUAACGAUGGAGGUCACGAACACAACCAGGAGCCAAUGCGCACGAACAACCGCCCACCUUUACCUCUACCGGAGAGCGUACUUCGCUCCUACAGCCAAGCCAAUGACGACGAAGUGGCUGCUGCCGAGGAUGGGAGUCUGACAACAACACGCGGCGCUCGACGACUAAUCGACUUGAAAGCUUUCGGUAGCUUAGCCCAUUUAGCUCCACUGAGGACAGAGACGGAGAUAGCCACUGCAAUGUCGAAACAGCGGGAGGAGCAGCUUCCGGAUCCUUACGCGUCACUCGAAGAGAGCCCAGGACAGCCGGAAGCAAGAGGGGCUGCACGGCACAGACACUUUCGCCGAUUCAGCGGAUCCAUCGGGCCGAUCCCGUACAUGACCUUCUUGCGCAAGAGCAUCGAGAACGUCGAAUUCGGCCGCGACCCGAGUGCCAUCUUCUACUCGCUCUUCCAGGACCCGGCGAAGCACAUUGACGACAUGCAGUGCCUGCGCAUGUUUGUGCGGCGCUACCUGGUGCACACGAGCGAGGGCAACAACCCGCACCAGGUGCCGCUGUAUGCAUUCCUGUGCGUCCGAUGUGCGUGGCCGGAUGUGGACCGUGAGCUGGUGAAUCGGCUGGUGCAUGAGGAGCUUACCGCUCUCGUGAAGGCGGACUGCGCCAUCGGGAAGGAGAAGGAGCGAAAACGCGUCCGCGAGGAGCGGCAGCUGCAGCGCUAUCGCGCGCCUGCCGGCCUCUUCUCCAGCACUGGCAUCCUCUUUCUCACGAAAAUUCCACAGAGAUCCUUCUUUGCGGGCAUCAUCACGCUUCUGUUUUCUUUGAUCUUCGCCAUCUACCUUGGCGUGGUUCUCGGUGUCACUAGUGACGCCUUAAUUGUGAGCUUCGUGAACAAAUUCAUGUUUUCUUUCGUCACCUCUGUUGUGGUGUGGCCCACCGCUGCUGUGGCGAUAAUGUUGCACGCCAGCAAGAGUCACAUUCCUCUACUGGUCGACCAUUUUCGACUUGGUAUGCGCAUCGCACUAACUCUGGCGGCUAUUGUAUGCUGUAUCAUGACGCUGCUGGUAGUGCUCUGGAAAAUGACGAACCAGGCGAUGUACGACAUCAUGCUCGUGUAUCGGAGGGAUCAGCUCUGCGCCUUCUACCAGCAGCAUACAUGUACCGGUUUCUCGGACGCGUGUGGGUCCGACAGGAUCGAUCCGAAUCUGUGCUUGUCGUGCCCGAACAUGCCGGCGACAAACAGCAGCUGCUACGCAUCGCUGUGGUUUGAGGUCGAGAAAGCCCUUGUUCCCCUCUUGUGUUUUACCUGCAUCAUCUUGAUGGCCACUGUGUACGCUGCCUAUCUGAUUGUAAAACUGUUUUUGUUUGUCGAGGUCAUGAUGGGACGGAUUGUGUGA